CUUCACUCAUCCCAAUCUCCCUCCACCCUUCCAAGUACCGAUACUCCAUCAUGCCGCCUGAGAAGCGCAUGACGGCCAAUCCGCUCAAGCCAGCGCGCUACCGCGCCGGCAAGCCGGUUGGCCCGGAAUCCGAAUCCGAGUCCGAAGCCAGCAGCUCCGAGCGGGAAGAGGAAGUCGCGAAGAAACCGCCCCGCAGGACAGCGCCGCCGCCGAAGUUCGCCAGCGCUGCCGGUCCUGGGCGCAUAAUCAGUCGCGGCGAUGGCGCCAAGAUUGAUUUGAAAGGCGUUAGUUUAACAGAACGCGAUGCCGAGGAGGCGCGACGACAGGCUGCGAAAGCGGCGAGGCUCGAGGCGGAGAGGAGAGCAAAGGAGGAGGGCUUCGUGACCGAGGAGGAGGAGGAGGAAGAGGAGGAAGAAGAAGGUAGCGAGGAAGGAAGCGAGGCCGAGGAGGAGAGCUCCGAAGAGGAAGAAGAAGCGCCCAGACGGCUGAUGAUGCGACCCAAGUUCAUCCCCAAGAGCCAACGGCAAGGGAACGGCGCCACAACAGCAACAACAGGCACAGCCGACACCAAGCCCGUCCAAGACGAGGACGAAGAAGAAGCCCGGCGCAAAGCCGCCGACGCGCUCGUCGAGGAGCAAAUCAAGAAGGACCUCGCGGCGCGCGCGGCCGGCAAGAAACACUGGGAGUCCGACGGCAGCGGGUCGGAGAACGACGUGGACACCACGGACGACGCCGACCCGGAGGCCGAGUACGCGGCGUGGAAGCUGCGCGAGCUGAAGCGGCUGCGGCGCGAGCGCGAGGCGAUCGAGGCCAAGGAGCGGGAGCUGGCCGAGAUCGAGCGGCGGCGCAACCUGACCGAGGAGGAGCGGCGGGCCGAGGACGAGGCGCACCUGGCGGCGCAGCGCGAGGAGAAGGAGGGCCGCGGCAAGAUGGGCUUCAUGCAGAAGUACUUCCACCGGGGCGCCUUUUACCUGGACGAGAGCAAGGCGGCCGGGCUGGACAAGCGCGACCUCGUGGGCGCGCGCUACGCCGACGACGUCAACCGCGAGCUGCUGCCCAAGGCGAUGCAGCUGCGCGACCUGACCAAGAUCGGCAAGAAGGGCGCGACCAAGUACAGGGACCUGAAGAGCGAGGACACGGGCCAGUGGGGCCGGCUGGACGACCCCCGCCCGAGGCGCGAGUUCGACCGGAGUCUGGACGAGCGGUUCCAGCCGGACGACCGGCGCCGGGCAUGGGAGACGGGACGGGACGGAGGCGCGAAGGGCGCGAACGCGAUCCCGCUGGGAGACCGCCGGGAGCGGCCGCGGGACGAAGAUCGGUAUCGGGACAGGGACAGGGAAAGGGAAAGGGAUAGGGACAGAUACAGAGAUCGGAGCAGGGACCGGCACCGGGACGACCGUCGAGACUCGCACGGGCGGGGAGCUGACCACCGGGAUAGGAGGCGGUCCCGGUCUCGGUCCCGGUCGCCCAGGCAGGAGCGCAGCGACCGACGAAAACGCUCGCCGUCCCUAGAGCAGGAGAGGGACCGAUAUGAGAGCGACAAGCGGCGAAGAGUGGAGGCCAGAUAG